UAGGGCGAGGGGGUGGUUCCUGGGCCUAGCCGCGACACUUCAGUUCUGCUUUCCUAGUCAGCUUCCACUGGUAGCAGUCGCCGGCUGCAUCCCUCUGGGACCAGUUUUUGUUUCAACACUAUGGAGGCUGACCUGUCCAGCUUUAACAUUGAUGCUCCCCGCUGGGACCAGUGCACUUUCCUGGGGCGUGUCAAGCACUUUUUAAACAUCACGGAUCCUCGCACUGUCUUUGCAUCCGAGCAGGAGCUGGACUGGGCCAGGGAGGUGGUGCAGAAGACCAGGAUGGGACUUGUGCCCCCUGGCACUCAGGUGGAGCAACUGCUGUAUGCGAAGAAGCUUUAUGACUCCGCCUUCCACCCUGACACUGGGGAGAAAAUGAAUGUCAUCGGGCGGAUGUCCUUCCAGGUCCCCGGUGGCAUGAUCAUCACAGGCUUCAUGCUCCAGUUCUACAGGACAAUGCCUGCGGUCGUCUUCUGGCAGUGGGUGAACCAAUCCUUUAAUGCCUUGGUCAACUACACCAACAGGAAUGCAGCUUCCCCCACGUCAGUCAGGCAGAUGGCUCUCUCCUACUUCACAGCUACCACCACUGCGGUGGCUACUGCAGUGGGCAUGAACAUGUGGACAAAGAGAGCCCCACCCUUGGUGGGCCGAUGGGUGCCUUUUGCCGCUGUGGCUGCUGCUAACUGUGUCAAUAUCCCAAUGAUGCGACAGCAGGAACUCAUCCAGGGCAUUUGUGUGAAGGACAGGAACCAAAAUGAGCUUGGCUAUUCUCAGAGAGCUGCUGCUGUGGGCAUCACACAAGUGGUUAUUUCUCGGAUCACCAUGGCAGCCCCUGGAAUGAUCCUGUUGCCAGUCAUCAUGGAGAGGCUGGAGAGACUACCCCUGAUGAAGAAGGUGAAACUGCUGCAUGCUCCGCUGCAGGUCCUGCUGUGUGGCUGCUUCCUCCUCUUCAUGGUGCCGGUGGCGUGUGGGCUCUUCCCUCAGGAAUGCAAAUUACCAGUUUCCUAUCUAGAGCCAGAGCUUCAGGACAGCAUCAAGGCCAAGUAUGGAGAACAAGUCCUCUUCGCCUACUUUAAUAAGGGUCUCUAAGUGCUCCGUGCCUGCAAGGACCAAUUCGUAAGCCGCGUGGAGCAGCUUUCCCUGCCAGCUGUACAUACCUGGUCUACAUUCCUCUUUGCAAUAAGGUCUGAAAGAAAGCCAGGCUAGAUAGGGAAAUAGAGUAGGUGGGUGGGGAGAUGGGUCCUGUGUCUACAUAAGCACCUAAUUUACUGGACUCCAGAGGACAAAAAUUAAAAAGGGGAUCAAGGGGGCUGGGGGUGAAGCUUGGUUGGGAGUGUUUGCCACCAUUCACAAAGUUCUGGAUUCAAUUCUUUGUACCAUAUGAUUCAGGCAUAGUUUUCUAUGCUUGUGAUCCCUGUACUUAAGAAGUGGAUGCAGGAGGAUUAGAAGUUCAAAGUCAGGUAGUAGUGGUACACACCUUUAAC